AUGUCUUAUUUUUGGUUCGAAUUAUUUUUUGCUAUAUUUUUGGGUAUUUUGGCUUAUUACGCAUACUUUAAACUUUACAUUUCAAAAUAUUGGAAAAAUCAUAACGUAUUUCAUGCAGAACCAAUUUUUAUCGUUGGAUUUCGAUCAUUUUCAAAAUCAUGGGCCAUUACCAAACAUAGAUAG